UCAAUGUCAGACUGCAGCAGUGCCAGCAGUGUAAAUUGUAAAUAAAACAACAUUUUGAAUAUAAUUACUGAAAGAAGUUUUCGGUUUAUAACAUGAACCACUUUAUAUCAGUCUUGGAGUAAUUGGUUCGCAAAUGGAAGGGUACACAUUUGACCUUGAUUGAUGAGCAUGUGUACUACAGUUACGUGAUGUCUUGUUCUUGCAGCUCUCGGUGGGACGUUAUUGGCAGAUUUUGAGCUUCAGGAGAGCCAAGGACUUCUCUCAACUGCCAUGAUCAAAGACAAAGAGCAAGAUGAAGCAACGGAGGGCCCCUGUAGUCUGAAGCAGUCAUCAGAGGAUCUCAAUCAAGAGAACAAACCUCCACAGAUUGAUUUUCUACAAUUUCAGAACAACUUUUUUGAAUGUAUAGAAGAAUUGAAAAUAUGCAGGACCAGAGAAGCUGAGAAUGAUGUAAAGAUCAACCAGUUGGUUUCUGCACAGCAUGAUUAUCAUCAAACCAUUAAUGAAGAGAAAUCCAAGAUGAGUGUUUUAUUGGAGAAGCAUUCUGAGGAGCUUUGUGAACAAAGAAGGCUACAUGAGGAAAGCUUACAUCAACUGGAAGCAGAGAAGAAUAAAUUAUCCCUGGCGUCUGAGUCUAUGGUGAAAGAGAUGAAAGAACUGAAAAAUGACAUCAAAACCUUGCAGUUGACUAAAUAUUCCCUCGAUAAAACAAUCAAAGACCAAGACCAGAGACUCCAGAUGCAGGGGUCUGUUCGCUCGACCCAUCUCUCUAAGAUGACCGAGCUGGAGGUCUUGGGUAGAGACAUCAUGAAGCAGUAUAACUUAGUGGCAGAGCAACUAAAGAGGUUGGAGGUCAAUGUCAAAGAAGCCCAGGAACUCAACUCCAGACUAACGUUCAUCAACGAACACCAGUCUUGCUCCAGUCAGUUUUACAAGGAGGACUUGAAGACGAAGACUGAUGAACUUAUCCGCCUCAAAGCUCUUCUUGAGGGGAGACCAAACCUUGAAGGAGUUGAAAUAAAGAGGAUGCAGAGUAAACUGAAGCAGUCACAGCAGCAAGUGAAACAGAAAGAAACUCAUUGUAGGCACCUGUUGGAACAGCUUGAGGUAGCAAGAAGAACAAACAAGACCUCGCUGGAAGCCCUCGCUAGAUCUCAACAGCUAGCGGAGAGGCACCUUGUUAGCAGUGAUAAGAACACUGAGCUUGCCUCGUCGUUGUCUAUGACCGUCGGGAAUCUUGAGAAGGAAAUCAUUCAACUCCAUGGAUGUCUGCGCAGAGUGGAGGAAGAGUUACGCUUGGAAAAACAAAAGAAAGUGGAGAUUGUGAACGAGUGUCAAAUUCAGGAGGAGUCAUUGAAGACAAAGUUAAGAGCUAAGGAAGAUGAGAACCAGGGACUUAUCAAGGACCGGGAACACCUUGAGGAGCUGAACAGCAGUUGGUCCAAGAACAACAAUGACUUGAUUCAAGAAAUACAAGACCUCAAGAAACAAUUGGUUGCAAAUGAGGAAAGAGAGAGGAACAUGCCCCAGAAGUUGACCAAAAGCACCAAUACAGAGUUUGCAUCACACAAAAAACUGGUCCAAGUUUCGAUAUCAACAGAACUGAAAAACUUUGUCUCCUCAGAAGCCAAUGACUGUAGAAAUGAUAUGGAUAAUCCAAAGCGAGAUAUUCGGGAUAACACAACAGACAAACAAAUGACUGAGAAGCAGAACAUCAUUGCCAAUGAAGACUUAACUUGCAUUGAAGACAGGAAGCAAGUUGUAUCUAAGGCAACUGUUGAAAGCCUUUGCCAAGACCAAGGUUGCCCUGACCAAACUGAAAGUACCGCUAUUCAGGGUGAGACUGCAGAUAAGCAAAGUGCAGCUGAACAUGGGGAAUCUUUGAUGGUUUGUCAAGCUGGAGAAACGGUUAAUUCUAGUAUCAAAGGUGAGACGAAUGCAAAGCCAAAAUCAUCAACAACGAUUACUGUGACAAAUGCCAUGGGUAGCACAUCGGAAGUUGCUAGUGAAGCAGAAGUCCGGAUACACAACGAGGAGGUUCAAAGUAAAGCUGAUACUUUGGUUCAAAAGCCAAAGGAGGAAGUCACUAUGCAGCCUGUGGAGCAAUCAUCAGCCGAUCUGGAAGCAUCACAGACGCAGAGCAUUUUAUCAUUAGAUUCUAAGGAGGUCAUACAGCACACUGAUGAAGAGAAGCUCAUCGAAGUUGCAGAGCAGAAGGCUCUCGAUGAGACUCUAACCAAACUGGGAAGCAUCACCAAAAGUGCCGAACAAUGUUUCAACGUUGCUGAUGUCUCAGAGAAGUUGAUCAUGCAAGUUGCAUCAGAAGGGGCUGGUGACCAAUUAAGCACAGAGACCAUUGCCAAAGCAGUUUCUCCUGAAAGUAUUCCACCAAAAGACAGCAACAGUAAAGUUGAAGAGGAGACUUCAGUCAAUAAUGGAUGCCUAAAAGAUACACAGAAUACCUCUACUGAGACGAGUCUGAAAACUGAUUGCGUAGAGCCAUACCCUCAAGCCAAUCUUCUUGCACCUCAAGAGAAAAUUUGUCUUCCAAUUCCAAAUAUGUAUCAGGCUAACUCCAAUGAACUUGACUUUGAUGGUAUGCUGCUGUCUUCAAUGCAGUUCGGAAGUAGUCCCCUUACCAAGAAUAACAAUACUGACCAAGAAAAGGUAAGCGAAAACAUCAAAAUGAGCAACUGGUUGCCUGCAAGACCUGAAACAUCCACAAGAAAUACACCAGCUGUAGUUAGCAAGAAAUCAGCUCAAAGACAGGGUCUCUCGGGUGUUUACGGUCUUGGUUUGAUAAGGAAAGUCGGUGAUGCUCCCCAGAGCCUGGGGUCAUCAGCUAAUGCAAAGGUCUCCUCCACACUGAGCACUCCUGCUAGGAUUGCAACAAGGUCAACGUAUGCAUUGCCUGGAUUCUCACUACUGACCAGGCCCAGACAUGGAGUCGCCGUCAAUGCCGAUUCUUGCCUGAACCUACCGCCCUCUCCUCACGGGAUAGGCUUGGUGGGGAACAGGCCUGGGACGCUUCCAGUCGAACAAGCCAAAGAAACACCAUCUCUAAGGAAUGAGCAAGACAGCCAAGGUGUUCCUCAGAAGCUUCUGCAAACUAAAGCCAAACAGAACAGCCAAGAGUGGCCAAACUUUGCAGAAGCGUUUGACUCUGAACCAAACACCGAGCAAGAGAGUAUUGACGACCCGGAGACAACUCGACCGUAUCCAACCCAGUCACUGACCACAAAGUUGCCGGAAAUUGGAUCGAAACGACCCGCAGAGGAUCGUGUUGAGCCACUUCUCUUCUCAGAUGACGACGACGUGAGUGAGAAUAUGACAUUAGACAUUGCUAGUCAAAUUAAUCAAAUUCAGAGAUUUUUGAGGAAUGAUCGUCUGAAACGGCCGAAGAGGAGCUCAUCGUCUAAGGAACCAGUUGUUUAAGUCUACAUGUAGCAGCAGUGGUUAAUAUUUGCAUUUUUCGUCUUUCCAAGUCAGUUUUAGUGUUCAAUUUAAUUCAAUUAGCCUUUUUGAGGUAUGGUGGACACUAAAUGAUUUGGGUGAAUACAGAUAAGUUUACCCAAACCUUAGUGUCUUAGUAUUGCGUCUUUUUUUCUCAAAAUGGCAUGUUCAGUUUAUUGCAUAGUACAUGCAUUACACUAAAUAUAAUUACACACAAGGAAUAUAAAUUGGAAGCUACAUAAGAAGCUACUGUAUACAUUAGAUCAAUUUCACAACAUCUUAGCAGAAAAUAAUACAUUUAAUUAACUUCUAGGCUGAUCAUUGACUUGGCUGAUCAGCAGCCUAUGGUAUGAAGGAGUUCAGGUACUCUUUUGUUUUGCAAGGGAGUGACUGCCAAAAACAAGCAAAAAGCUUGCACAACAAACAAACAAAACAAAAAAAACAAAAACUUCCAAUUUUCUAAAAGAGAGUUAUGUAUUCUUGCUAGCUAAUCAAAACUUUUUUAAAACAACAAACAAACUACCUUUUAAUCGCGUUUGACGUAAGCAGAACACUAAAUACAACACAGACCAAGUUCGGACGCAUAUCUAAUUCAUCCUAAGUUUAUCUUUGGUGAAAGUUUAAUUCAGGCGAAGUUAUAGAAUUGAUAUUCGAUUUAGCGAACUCAUCCUCAUAAAGCAAGUGAAGUACAAGCUGCAGAAAAAGCACGUUUCUUCUCACAACAAUGAGGGGAAUUAAAAAACAAAACAAAAAUGACAGUUCCACAAAAUAAGUUAUCCCAGGGCAAAACAUUCAACUAUAUAUACAUGCACAUUUCAAAUCAUUUGAAAUGUGUAGUUCUUAAAGAACAUUUAAAGGCAGUGGACACUAUUGUAAUUACUCAAAAUAAUUAUUAGCAUAAAAAUUUACUUGGUAACGAG